AUGUCGGGGGGCCUCCUGAAGGUGCUGCACAGCGACUUGUACGUGGGGCUGAGCCAGCACCGGGACCAGCACUUCUGGGGUGACAGUGAAGAGCAAGAAAAAUUGCUGGAGAAAAGCUAUGCAGAAAAUGCCAUGCGGUACGUAAAUGGAACUCGUCUGGAUGACCGGAUCAUUCACACGGACUGGGAUGCAGGCUUUAAGGAGGGCAGGCAGCAUGGCCGUGGGUGUUCUAGAGGCCAGGUACAAGAUGAGUAUCGCCAGGACUAUGAUGCUGGGAGAGGCAGCUAUGGAAAACUGGCCCCAAACCAGUGA